AUGGAUUUUUCCUAUUUUGUUCGCCGCAACUGUCCCUAUUUCUCGCGUGCUAUCAUCAAAUCAAUCCUAAUUGCUAUUUUGGGAAUUAGCAUCUUUGCGCUAUGGUUCGGCAUGAACUCGGAUAGGGACAAUGUUCAUCCUAUCCUCACACAACUGAUCCCCGCCGGCCACUGUGCUUGCACGACCGCGACGAUUUUCAACUGCACGAGCUGCGUAGACCUAGCCUUCAAGUUCAAGCCAACAAUAUCACCAGCCCCACCGCUGGCCACGCCCGCUUGGGCAUUUCGGUAUGGUCAAGAUGACCACAAUACAGCUCUUAACACAGGACAAUGCCAAACUGCCUUCCCAGGGCUAUAUGAGGAUGUUGACCGCGCUGUUCGCUUCUGGAUCUCUCGAGGUGGUAUCUUGAAGAAGUCAUUGAACACAGUUAAACUCCAAAAUGGCAUGGCAAGAGCAAUGAUAUAUAAUGGAAAUCUGUUCAUUAUAGAAGCUCGCGCUGCCCAGGAAGACCAUCGGCGAAAGAUUUUGGCAGUUUUGAGCUCAAUUCACCGAGCCCUUGGCAACAGAGCACCUAAUAUCGAGUUCAUCUUCUCAGUUGAAGACAAAGUGGAGGAUGUAUCUGGUCAAGGCCAUCCCCUUUGGGUGCUCAGUAGGAAAGCCACUGAGAAGUCUGUGUGGCUGAUUCCAGACUUUGGGUUUUGGGCCUGGGGUAACCCAGCAAGCAACAUUGGUCCCUAUGACCAGGUGGUAAAGCGGAUCGAGAAAUUUGACUUGGAGGAUACCAUGCCAUGGUCCUCAAAAACUCCGAGACUGGUCUGGAGGGGUAAACUGAGCUUCGCACCUAAGCUAAGGCGAAGAUUGCUCGAAGUCACAAGAAACAAGCCGUGGGGUGAUGUGAAAGAGAUUGUUUGGAGUAGAAAAUCUCACUUCAUCAGCAUGGAGGACCAUUGCAAGUAUAUGUUUAUUGCACAUGUUGAAGGUAUGAGAGUGACUUCCCCUGCUCCCGAGGAUCAAGCCAUGGCGCUAAACACAUAUCAUCCAGGCCGGUCCUUUUCAUCCUCAUUCAAAUAUCGGCAAGCCUGCCGAUCAGUCAUCAUCGCCCAUAAGCUUCAACAUAUCCAGCAUCACCACUAUCUGCUGCAGUCAAGCGGGCCGAAUCAGAAUUUCGUCGAGGUCGAGCGAGACUUCUCGGAUCUUUCGGACAAGGUUGAAGAGCUGCUAGCAAACCCAGAAAAGGCCAAACGAAUUGCCAAUAACAACGUCAAGAUAUUUCGAGAACGCUAUCUCACCAGAGCUGCUGAGGCAUGCUACUGGAGGAAGUUAUGGGAGGGCUGGGCCAGUGUAUCGCAGGACAGUCCGAUAUCGAACAACAAAUCAGAGCCUGGAUUGAGAUUCGAGUCCUUUAUCCUUCUGGAAGGAAAAACCAUGCUGUCGUUUUCGCAUCAGGCUUGA